UGCCCUCCUCUUUUGUUGUUGUUGUUGUUCAUCGCACUCUCAUCUCAAUUGCAUCCAUCUUGCUUCUUCUUCACUCACACACCCUUGGCUCAAGCAGUCUUUGUCUUUCCUGCACGGUGAUCUUGGCAUGGAGAAGAAUUAUCGGGAACUUGUAAUUUGGGAGGUCGGGGAGGAGCUGCUUCGAUCUCAAGUAUGAUUUCUUGAUAUGGUCUUCGCUAUUUCUUGACCACCUUCGACGUUGGAAGUAUCUAUGAGAGAGAUUGCGUCUUCUGAUAGUGCAAUAGCCAUGCAGUUAGGUAUAUGGAAUUGAUGAAUACGAAGUGGAUGAGUGAUUUUGAGGUGUGGAGUUGGUGCUUUUGUGAUGUUAAGAGCCUGCAUUGAGUGAGGGAUUGUUCAGUGAAGCACUUGGUGCAAGCAGAGAAGUCACCGUGAUUCCAUGUUUGAUGCCCGAAGCAGCGGUACGGAUGCGUUUGAUUGUUUUGAGGGCACUGAUCAGUUUCAGCCAGCUGUAGUUAAGUGAUAGAUUCAGUUGAAUAUCUUGUGCGCCACGGGAUUGAUCGUUCAUGCAUUAGAUCGUGGAAAAUUCCUCCCGAGAUUGAAGUUAGUGGACAGAACAACUGUUGGCGAGACUUUUCCCCUAGCUGACGGAGAGUCAGCUCGCACUCCUCUGUGAUCUGGAUCUCUCAAAGGAGACAUUUUCUUGGUGUCUCAGUCGCUUGAGGCAAAGUGUGUCAUCAGGUAGCUGCACAAGGAGCUACUCUCUCGCAGAAGGGCACCCACUGCAGUGGUUUGUGAGAUUAAAAAUAACGCAUGGCAAUAUUAUUCCUAUACACUGGAUUCCUUGUACACUUUUUCUAUACUUUUAAUUAAAGCAAUUCUACCAGACGAUCGGCACCUUUACAAUGGCUGAUUCGCGUGUUUCCAAUAAUACAUUGUCGAAAGAGCAGUCGUAUCAUUAGCAUACCUUAGUAAAUGCAAGUUGAUCUUCUGGUGUGACAUAUCAGAUGCAAUAUUUGAGUCAAAUUAUAAACUUUAAACUGAACCAGUGUUUCUCAACAAAUCCAUUUGCGGAUUUGGUACAACUCUUGAAUGCCGCUUGUUUUAAUGUUGGUGCAAGUCUUUGUGUACGUUGCAAUGUGCAAGACUUUGAACCCAACAUCUUUAUUAGUUUUUGUCAAUGGUGUUGAGCCAGGCAAAACCCCAAGCUUUAAUAGAAUACUGGAGUCGAGAAUCGUUUUCUGAUGGCCUCUCUGAUUUAAGCUCUCGGUAGCGCUAGAGUUGUCGGAGUGAUUCUUUUAGAAGACAGUUCUAGUCGAUGAAAGAGACAGAAGUUGCCUUGCAUGUGACUGCCGGUUUGGGUCCUGUCCAUUGACGAGAAGUGAUGUCUAGUCGACAUCCUUAAAGAUUUAGGUACAUUAAUGCGUUUAAAUUCAAUCGUCUGAAGUCCAUCCCAAAGUUUGGCGAUUGAUGAAUCUUGGAUUAGAGUGUGUGAUCUUGGACUCCUUUGUAUCUCAUUUCAUAACUUUACUCAAGUAUUGGCCGAUUUGCACAAGAGAUGUUGCUCAUUGAUAGAACUCUGGAGCUGCAACAUGCGAAUGCUGUGACCUGCGCAUGCGACCGCCAGCCUCUAAGCAGUGACUUUUAGUCGGAGUUAAAAUCUCAAGGAGUAUGUCUAUGCGAGGAAGAUGCUAGCAAGGAAAAGAGAGUGGCAUCUCAGAGACUCAUUUGGUUUGGUUCCUAUCAUGGAAGGCAAAUGGUGUGAAUGAAGUGUGGAAGUUGGCGCUCGAUUUCAAGUUGGAAUCUCAUCAAGUUCCAGCAGAGCUUCCCGUCCCACUAUUUAAAAUUCUCCUGUGCCGCGGAAGUCAAUUCUUAUAGGAUAAUUUUCAGAAUGGGAUGCUCUAAUUCGAAAGUCGACAACGAGGAUGCAGUUGCAAGAUGCAAGCAGAGGAAGCAAUUGAUGAAGAAAACCAUAUUGUCUCGGCAUAACUUCGCAGCUUCACAUGCUCAAUUUGUUUCUUCUCUCAAAGGAGUUGGCUCAGCUUUCCGACAAUUUGCAGAGGGUGAGGAGACAAAGGAUGGAGGGGCUAACACGAUGUGUCUUCUGGAAACACCAACGACUUCGACGACACACGUCCUAUCAUUACGCCCUCCUCCCUUGUUACCGGCGUGGUCCUUCUUAUAUGGUUUUUCUGCUGGCUUUUCAACACCUUUUCCUCCUCACUCACCGCUUCGAAGGAGUCCUUCAGCAACACGAUCACCGAACUCAAGAGCGGCUAAUUCUCCGGAGAGUUUCAGCAUGGAAUUCUUUCCGCCUCCACCUCCUUUUAUUGCGAAUAAGAACAGAAUGGAACAUACUACCCUUUCCAUACCAACCAAAAUUUACAAGUUUGAAGGCUAUCCAAGCUCUUGCAUGCCAGGAUCGUACAAAUUGGAGGACUUUCCCCCUCCUCCUUUGAUUCAACCCAUUCAACUGGAUGAUGAUUGGAGAUACUCCUGUCAGACUCCUUCUCUAUCACAUGCUGCUAAAGAGAACAACUCUCCUCCACCCGUCGCGGGUCGGAUUAGUUGGCAGGAUUUGUUUCUGAAUCCAUUUCGAUCUUUAACCUCAACAUUCAGUUACACAGAACACAGAAGGAAUCAUGAGUCAGAAACAAGGCAAAGUCAGGAGAUGGGGGAACAAAGUAGACAAAAGUUUCAGCGGGGACAGAUCCCCGAGGUGGACUGUAGCAGGAAGGAUGAGGUUGAGCAGAAGAAGUUUGUUGAGGAGCAGAGAAAUGUCCUGGAAGUGAAGGAAAUGAAGGUUUGGGGGCCCAAGCGCAGAGGCCUCAGAGGGAUAGAGCGAACGAGAGCUGAGGACUCGAACGGAGUGAAAGAUGUCCAGAAUGUCAAGAACUUCAAACCCGAACCUGAGACGCUUCCGAAAUCUUUGUCGAAGGUUCAGAACCAUAUGUCGAUAACUACAAAGUCAACGAAGGCGCAUGUGUCAAGAAAACCUCCGAAACUUGAACAAAGCGAUAAAACGGUGGUAAAUACCGAAAUUGAUUUGGCUGUUAUCAAGAUGGAGAGUGGUGAUCGGGACCUGCUCGAUGUUCUGAAGGAGGUUGAUGAUCAUUUUUUGCAAGCUGCCGAAAGAGGAGAGGAUAUUUCUCGCAUUCUUGAGACGAAGAAAACACACUUUCAUACAAGUUUUUCAGAUAGUUUGAAAGUGGUGGGUGAAUCUGCAAGGAUGAACUUCUUGAAGCUAUCUGGGAAAUCCGGUCUAUCUGGUGGCAAACACUCCAGGACCAGUAGUAAUACAAGUGUUAUUAGUGACGAUUCUGCGAACAUCAUGAGCAUCCGAAGUAUUAGCGACAUGAGAAGCGCAAGGUGGUCUGAAGAGUGUGGACUGACGGGCAGCCAUUCAGAAACUCUUGAUAAAUUGUUUGCCUGGGAAAAGAAGCUCUUCUCAGAGGUCAAGGAGGCAGAGGCUCUUAGAAUCGACUUAGAGAAAAAGUACUUAAUGUUUAAAAACCAAGAUGCCAAAAAUGAGGAUCAAAUUAACAUUGACAAAACUCGGGCGAGUAUCAGGGCUCUUCAAACCCGAAUGGUGGUAGCUAUUCAUGCCGUAGAUGGUGCCGCACAGCAGGUGCAGAAGCUAAGGGAUGAGAACCUGUAUCCUCAGGUUCUGGAGUUGCUUGAAGGGAUGGGAACUAUGUGGAGGGGAAUAUCUUUGUGCCACCAAGCUCAGCUCGAAGCCGUUAAAGCUGUGAAAAGGCUCGAUAACUCUGCUGCCUGUAAACCAACUACAAGCUUUCAUCGCCAUUCAACAGCACAACUCGAACUAGCUCUCCACAGGUGGUCGGAAGAUCUGAGCCGGUUUGUUGAGUCACAACGAGAUUACAUAAAGAAUUUAACUGCGUGGCUUCGUCUAAGUCUCAUGAAAUUUGGGACUGAAGAGGACAAGACUGGAUCAAGAUCGCCUGUGAGAUCUCCGAGGUCUCCCUUAUGCUAUGUGGAGGCAAGUGCUGCUUAUGGGCUCUGCCUUGGAUGGCAAGUCGCGUUAGAUCAGCUUGCCGAUAGAGUAGUGCUGGAAGGUAUAGGGUCAUUUACAGCGGUGGUGCGGGAGAUGAUGAAGUUGCAGUGGGAGGAGCUGAGGAUUAAAAGGCGAGUUGAAACUUAUCACAGGGAAUUGAAAAAGAGGGAGAAAGCUCUACUGAGUGCUACCAUGCGAGAUACAAGCUCCAUACCAGUACCACAAAUACCUUCUGCCACGUCCGGCAGUGAUAUGGAUAGUGACGGUCCUGAUAUUCAAUCUAAUAGGUUUUUUCCUGAUCGCCGAUUUGAUAUUGUGCCCGGGGAAUGUCUUCCAGAGCGGACUGAAGUUGCUGAGAAGCGGCUCAAAAUGGAAUCCACGAAGAGAAAACUUGAAAAUGAGCUUGAAGCGGAAAAGAAAGCGUACACAUGCACUCGAGCUUAUACUCUCAACAGUCUGCAAGCUGGUUUACCACAGCUUUUCCAAGCCGUUAUUGCCUUUAGUGACCUCGAGGCUGAAAUACACCGUAGACUGAGCUCAACUCAGCAAACGCUGCAUUAGCAAGUGAUCCACCCUUACUGUCUUCCUGGUCGGGUUUUAAUUGAGAAAAUGGAAGAGAAAUGUGGUAAAUGUUGUUUUUUCCUCUCGGAAUCCAUGCUUCAACAAUCAGUUGUCUAGUGGCUUCGUGGCUGCUGUACAGUAGUGUCAUACCUACUAUUAUACAGUAUCUCCAAGAAUAUAAAAACCAAAAACAAUCUUCAAAACUGUCUGUUCAUGAACGCCUCGCGACAUAACUAGGAAGUCUACCACAGUGUCCAAAAUUCUUGAGGAAUUCAUUUAGGUUUCAAGAGU